UAUUAUUAGUAUUAGUACAGCUUCCUUUUCCCUUUGGGCUCCCUUCCUCUGAAAGGAAUUUGUUUUGUUUGCUACUAAUUUAGAUUUGAUACAAACAGAGACUACAUUUGAUUAAAUUAAUUAUAAAGAUAUAUCACAUCGUAUUUUGCAAUCAGUUCGUAAGCCGGGCUCGAAUGAUUGUUUACAAAUUGAUAUAUUUCGCGUUAAAAUAGAAGAUAAAAGUUUCUGACUUCUAAAAUAUAUUGAUUUUUAGUUAGAAUAGCUGAAAGUUACUUGCGCAACGCUACUGGACAAUCGAUUGCCGUAUCAAUUGUCAUUGUCAAAAACGCUAGGUUUGGGAGAUAAAAACGAAUAUACGUACACACAUACAGAACAAGAUCAGCCAUCUUUUUGGGGUUUUCGGCUAAAGUGAUUCGUGUAAAUGUGAAUUUCAAGUUCUUAAAUAGUGAAACAGUGAAUAAACUUAAUAAAAUGUGCCAAAAACUUUAAAAUAAAGUGAAAAACUUGUGUUUCAUCUAUAAAAAUAAAAAGGAUGUAGUUCUUACAGUCAUAAACUAAUUCGUUAAAUGAAGCAGAAUUUUACUCUUACCUUACCUAAAUAAAAAUGGCAAAUGAGGAAGAAUUACAAAAUCCUCUUUCAGUUGUGAAUGUUGUGAUAAAAAGUGAGCCUAUAGAACAUGUUUUGGAAAUUAAAUUGGAGCCCCUAGAUGAAGAAGAGACAGGUCCAGAAGAAUUUAAUUCCAGCGUUAAAGAGAAAUAUGAAGAAGGAACGGUUGAUGAAUUUGUUUCUGAUGCGCCUGAGGAGAUAACUAUCAAGGUUGAGCCUACUUUUUAUAGCAGCGAUGAUGAACUGGACCUAGCCAGCUACGUCUUGACGAAAGCUCAAGAAACUGCCUCACAACAGAAUUUUUUUACCCUGAGCCCUCAUGUAAAAAAGCCAAGGAUUCCAAGGAAGGCAAAAGAUCAGGAUGAGGACUAUAUGCCGUCGAAAAAAAAGAAAAAGAUUAAAAAUAACGUAGUGAAGAAACCGUUUACAAACAAGACAAAGAAAAAAGAAAACUGUUACUCUGACGAAGUAAACAAGAACAUAGAGUUAGUGACCAUAACGGAGGAAGAGAGACAGAUAGAGUUCCGUGAGCUCUGGCAGACCCGGAAACAUAUGCGGUACUUCUGUGGGGACUGCGCUAUCGGCUUCGUCAUGGAGGAGCCCUAUUUGACGCAUAUGAAGGGUCAUGCUCCGGAAUCAGGCGAGUUCAUGUGCGAGAUUUGUCGAUGUCGCGGCAACAAUAAGGAGCAAAUGUACAAGCACAAACUGCGGCAUUACCGGCGAUACCGCUGUGGUAUCUGCAAACGGGUGUUUAAAGACAAGGAAACGGCAUCGAGUCACGUGAUGAGCGAACAUGUCCACGAAGCUUUCACCUGUGGAGAGUGUGGCAAAGGAUUUAGGAGACCAGCCUACCUCAAGAAACAUGUCGCGCAACAGCACACAAAAGAACAAGAACACGAGUGCCCAAUAUGCGAGCGAGUGUUUUUCCACCGAAGCAUGUACAACACGCACGUGAGGCGACACAAUGAAGAAGUCCGCAACCCAAUCAACCAGCUCUUCAUCUGCGAUCUCUGCUCCAAGCAUCUCAAAACGAAGCAAGCCUUGCGGCGCCAUCUAGCAAUCCAUGAGAAAACUCGCAACAUACCUUGCUCGCUCUGCCCAUCCGUAUUCCAUACGAAGAAAGGUCUUAGACUACAUGAGCGUAAUAAACACUCAGAAGAUAAAGAACGCCGUAUGCUACAGCAGUGUCCACAAUGCGACCGCGAAUGCACCACUCCCGCUUUGCUGCGACAACACAUCAGGAGGAUGCACACUGAUAGGACCAAAAAAUACCAGUGCGACCAUUGCAAGCGUUUCUACUGGAGUAAAGGCGAGAUUCGUUCCCACAUCGUGUGGUCCCACGCGCCGAGUCGCGGCAAACGCGCGCUUUUCUGCUGCGGGCGCGAAUUCCGUACACGGAGUCGAUUGAAGGACCAUAUAGCGAUACAUCAUUUGGGACACGAGAGGGAGAGAAUACAUAAGUGCGACCAGUGUGACAAGGCUUUUGCGAACAAACAAGUCCUAACCCGCCACAAGAAGAGCCACGCCGACUUUACCUACCCCUGCCCCGAGUGCGGGCUCCGCUUCAAAAGCGGGGCCUACGUCAAGGUGCACCAGCAGCUCAAACACCUCAACAUGACACGGGCAGAGAUCAAGGCUUUAAAACAGGCUAGGAAAGCUCCGCCCAAAGGUUUGCGACCCCUGUCAGUGGCGCCCGGCCAAAAAGGUUUACGACCCCUGUCAGUGACACCCAACGGUUUGCCACCACAGUCAGUAACACCAAACCUAAAAGAUUCACCCAACGGUUUGCCACCGCUGUCAGUGACACCAAACCUAAAAGAUUCACCCAAAGGUUUGGGACCUCUAUCAGUGGCGCCCAACCUAAACGAUUUAUCAUCGGAUUUAAAAGGUUUGCAACGCAUGCCGCUCAAUGAGCCUGAAGAUUUAAGUGUGAGAAAGAUGAGUUUUGAGACAGUGUUAGUGAAACAAGAAGUGGAUAGUGAAAAUGAGUAUAGUGUGCCGCUGUUCGAUUUGGAGGAUUUGAAAAGUAAGGUGUAAUGUAAUAAUAUAAGCCAGGGUAUAAUAAUGUGAGUCUAAAAUGACUAAAAAAGAGGUCACGUAAUUAAGGCACUGGUCCCACUGCGAGCUAGUAAGUUAUGAGCUAUCGGCUAUAAAAACGAACAAAAGAUAAGCACCCCCAUGCAAAUAAAAGAGACACGGCGAUUUUAAUAGCUCACCGCUGGGCGAGUAACUAUAAACAUCGCCGUGUCUCUUUUAUUUGCACAUGAGUGAUAUAUCUUGAUAUCUUUUGUUCUUUUUUAUAGCCGAUAGCUCAUAGCUUACUAGCUCGCGGUGGGACCAGUGCCUUAUGGAUGACGCCUACUUAGUGAAUACCCCCAAAAAUUAAAGCCAUUUUGAUAGUAUUUCUGUUUAAAGCAUUUAUCUAGUCUUCACAUUGUAUUGUGAUGUAAAAUAGAUUAUAGGAGAGUAGUGCAAAUGUUAAAGUAUUAUAAUCAAAGGUGGACAGAGGAUCAGAGUGUGAUAGAGAUAGAAAUAGGGUCGUGUUACGAAGUUAUUCGUACUCAGUGUAUACGCAUACUUUAGUUAAAUUUUACAGACUAUUAAGUAUAUUCGUUAAGUUAGUUACCAAAAGUAUCUGGUGGAUUCACAUUACCGGACACAGAUGAAAAUAUUAAUUUAGUUACCCAUGUGUCGCGUAGUGUUGUGUAGGAAGCGUUGGUAGCCUAGCGGUAAGUACGUGCGACUUUCGUUCCGGAGGUCGCGGGUUCGAACCCUGGCUCGCACCAAUAAGUUUUUCGGAAUUUAUGUGCGAAAUGUCAUUUGAUAUUAGUGCA